UCAGAUUCGGAGGAAGAUGAACCGACAAAGAAGAAAAAUACUCUUCAGGGACGCGGCGAGGGCUCCGGCUUAUCCGCUUUGCUUCCUCAACCCAAAAACUUGACAGUGAAAGAGACCAAUCGGUUACUUUUGCCCCACGCUUUCUCGAGGAAAGCGGGAGAAAACGCCUCCGACUCCAAGCCCGCCAAGGCCCCGACCUCUUCCUCCAAAACCAAACCUCUGUCCAAGCCGGCGGUGCCCACAACUCCUUCUCCCUCUGCCAUCAAAGCUGCUGCCAAGAGCGCUGCCCUGCAGGUAACCAAGCAGAUCACGCAGGAGGAGGACGACAGCGAUGAAGAGGUCGAGCCAGAGAACUACUUCUCCUUGUCUGACAGGAGCGAGCCCAGCGUCGUGGGCGCCGAGACCUACGUGUACUCUGGCACGGUGGGCUCAGAGGACCCACCGCCCGGGACAGAGACAGAGCCCCAGUUCCAGGACGCUGCUGCCAACGCCCCUCUGGAGUUCAAGACGGGCGCGGGCUCCAGCGGUGCUCAGCAUGGCUGGGCACCCAAACCUGGAGAAGACUACGGCAGUGCCUACAGCGAGGCCGGCGUGACCGGGGCGUAUUACCAGGAUUACUACAGCGGUGGGUACUACCAGGAGGUGGAACCAGCCCAGGCACCGCCACAGGAGAUGAGCACCGACUCCUCCUUCAUAGAUGACGAAGCGUUCAAGCGUCUGCAAGGCAAGCGGAACCGAGGGAGGGAAGAGAUCAACUUCGUGGAUAUCAAAGGUGACGAUCAGCUGAGUGGCGCCCAGCAGUGGCUGACCAAGUCCUUAACAGAGGAGAAGACCAUGAAAUCGUUCAGCAAGAAAAAAGGAGAUCAGCCCACGGGACAGCAGAGGAGAAAGCACCAGAUCACAUACCUGAUCCACCAGGCGAAGGAGAGAGAACUGGAACUGAAAAACACGUGGUCUGAAAACAAGCUCAGCCGACGGCAGACUCAAGCCAAAUACGGAUUCUAA